CGCUGCAAGACAGCACAAGUAGCUGCGUUUCUAGAAGGUUUGUUACUCGAAAUCUAGGGCUUGAUCUUUUCUGUGAAGAGAUUAUAGGGAAGCUGUGAGGUUUUCUUAUUUAUUUCUAGUGUUAGGGUUUAAGACGAAUCGUAGAGGGAAGUAAGAAAAAGAAGAAGAAAAUCAUGCACGCACCGGUGCUUGUUCUCAAGGACUCUUUGAAACGCGAGUCCGGAGGCAAGGUGCAACAUGCUAAUAUCCAGGCUUCCAAGGCUGUUGCUGACAUUAUUCGCACUACAUUGGGUCCAAGAUCCAUGUUGAAGAUGCUACUCGAUGCUUCUGGAGGAAUUGUGGUGACUAAUGAUGGAAAUGCUAUUUUGCGUGAGUUAGAUAUUGCACACCCGGCUGCAAAGUCAAUGAUUGAACUAAGCCGCACGCAAGAUGAAGAAGUGGGAGAUGGAACAACAUCAGUCAUCGUUCUUGCUGGUGAAAUGCUCCACGUUGCAGAAGCAUUUAUUGACAAAAAUUACCAUCCUACCGUUAUCUGCCGAGCCUACAACAAAGCUUUGGAGGAUGCCAUUGCUGUGCUUGACCAAAUUGCGAUGCCCAUUGAUGUGAAGGACCGUGGAACAAUGUUGGGGCUGGUGAAGAGCUGUAUAGGCACAAAAUUCACUAGUCAGUUUGGGGAUCUAAUUGCUGAAUCCACCACAUACGGUCAACCCCUUCCCCCCGGAUCGGCGACGAAUACAAGAGUGAGAAGAAAGAGGCUAAGGCCAACUCCUCCCAAUCAUGGAUACUACGGGUAA